AUGCUUAUGUCAGAUGCUAAUCCAUUUGACAUUGAUGUUCUUAACACUCUUGUUGAUGCUCAAAAUAAAUAUAACUCUAAAGAAGUUCAAUUGAAUACCCUGUUGAAACAAAAAGAAAGAAUAAGAUGGGUUAAAGAGGGUGCAGCUAAUACCAAUUUUUUACACACAAGUUUGAAGAUAAGGCAAGGAAGAAAUUUUAUCAGUGAGCUUGAGGAUGGAAAUGGCAAUAUUUUAUCUGAUCAAGGAAAGAUAGCUGAAGUUUUGGUUAAACAUUAUGAGGAAAAAUUUGCAUUUCAGCCAAUUUUAAUAGAAGAUUCUUUACUUAAUGCAAUUCCUGAAGUAAUCACUCAAGAAGAUCAAGACAUGCUUGACAAACUUCCAGAUGAAGAGGAAAUUAGAACUACAAUUUUUAAUAUGGAUCCUGAUAGUUUUCCAGGUCCAGAUGGAUUUCCAGGAUGCUUCUAUAGAGCUUGUGCUAGAUCUCUCAAUCAGGUCAGACCUAUAGGGCUAAGCAAUGUAAGCUUCAAAAUCAUUACAAAAAUAAUUACAUCAAGAUUAAGUACAUUGUUGGUAAAGUUGAUUUCUCCUCAACAAGCUGUUUAUGUUAAGGGUAGAUGUAUACAAGAGCAAAUUUUAUUGGCUUCAGAACUGAAAUUUGGCUUUUCAGUUGGCUGGUGUGAUUGGUUGCAUACUUUGUUCAAAUCAGCAAAACUCUCAGUUCUUGUAAAUGGUGGACCUUGUGGUUUUUUCUCAGUGGGUAGAGGGUUGAGGAAAGGAGAUCCUCUAUCUCCCAUUUUAUUUAUCAUCAUGGAGGAAGUAUUGAGUAGGAAUUUAUCUGAAAUGGUAAGCAAGAAAGCAAUUAUUCCUAUGGUUACAAGAAAUUGA